GCCCUCCCCUCCCCCGCGCGCCGACCGCGGGCGCCGGGCCUUUGUCUGAGCCUUCCCUGUCGGCGUGGGUCCCCGGCGGGCUCCUCCCUCGGAGCCCGUGCUGUCAGUGGGGCGCCAGCCCCCUCCCCGUCGACCUUGCUGCGAUUUCUCCGCCCUCCCGCGGCCCUCGCCUCUCCUCGAACAGGGAGUCGGCGAAGGGCUGCAGCCAGCUUGGGCACAGGUCGCUGGCAGCGGGCUGGCGGAGCUCCUCCACCCGAGGGAGCCGGAUGGGCCUGGAAACCCUGCCGUUGUUGUUCUGUACCAUUGUAAGGGGAGCCGUAAAUUGAGCUUUUCUAACGUGGGUUCCUGCCGCGUGCUUUUCCAGCCCCCCCUUUCCCCAGCCACACUGGAGAGCUUCUGUUUAGCCUGCGCUUGGCAGUCGUUAGGUUCAGUGUAUCUUUGCCUGCCUACAUCAAUCUGCAAGGGAGUUGCAGAAAAGCCUCAUGUUCAUCGAGCCGAGACGAAACCAGACAGAGGGUCAAGUUUACAGAUGACCGUGUCUGCAAGAGUCACCUUCUGGACUGCUGCCCCCACGACAUUCUGGCUGGGACGCGCAUGGACUUAGGAGAAUGUACCAAAAUCCACGACUUGGCCCUCCGAGCAGAUUAUGAGAUUGCAAGUAAAGAAAGGGACCUCUUUUUUGAGUUGGAUGCGAUGGAUCACUUGGAGUCCUUCAUCGCUGAGUGUGAUCGGAGAACAGAACUUGCCAAGAAACGGCUGGCAGAGACGCAGGAGGAGAUCAGUGCAGAAGUUUCUGCGAAGGCAGAAAAAGUACAUGAGUUGAAUGAAGAAAUAGGAAAGCUUCUUGCUAAAGCUGAGCAGCUGGGAGCUGAAGGAAAUGUGGAUGAAUCACAGAAGAUUCUCAUGGAAGUGGAAAAAGUCCGUGCAAAGAAAAAAGAAGCUGAGGAAGAAUACAGAAAUUCCAUGCCUGCGUCCAGUUUUCAGCAACAGAAGCUUCGUGUCUGUGAGGUCUGUUCAGCUUACCUUGGCCUCCAUGACAAUGACCGUCGUCUUGCAGACCACUUCGGGGGCAAGUUACACUUGGGAUUCAUUCAGAUCCGUGAGAAGCUCGAUCAGUUAAGGAAAACCGUGGCUGAGAAGCAGGAAAAGAGAAAUCAGGAUCGGCUGAGGAGGCGAGAGGAGAGAGAGCGGGAGGAGCGGCUGAGCAGGAGGUCUGGAUCAAGAACAAGAGAUCGCAGGAGGUCGCGCUCCCGGGACCGACGUCGGAGGCGGUCGAGGUCGACUUCCAGAGAGCGGCGGAAGUCGUCCCGCUCCCGGUCCCGAGACAGACACCGGCGCCACCGGAGCCGCUCCCGGAGCCACAGCCGCGGCCAUCGCCGGGCAUCCAGGGACCGGAGCUCGAAAUACAAGUUCUCCCGAGAGCGGACUUCAAGGGAGGAGUCCUGGGAGCGCGGGCGGAGUGAGCGGGGGGCCACCGACUGGAGGCUUGAGAGUGCCAAUGGGAAGGCCGCAUCGCGGAGGUCGGAGGAGAAGGAGGCCGGCGAGAUCUGAGCCCACGCCCAGGCGCUGUAAAUAGUUUGAUCCACAUUUGACACAGCCUCAUGUUACCCUUUGUAUUUGCUGAAUACAGCUCAUCUUUUGUAGUUUAACAUUUCUAUUGUUUUGGAGCUAGCUGUGAGUUUCUAGAGGUGUACAGAGUUGCUCCUGUGUUCUGGGUUAUGUUGAGUGGGAAUAAACAACCUGACAGACUGCC